AUGGCAUCUAACUGGCAGGACGAACUGACAUUACUGGAGAGUAUGGACUACAUGCUGACAAAUGGAAUGGACUGUGACAUCUCAUUUAAGCUGGGAAAGGCGGGGUCAGAUGUCGUCCCCGCCCACAAAUUUGUUCUGGCCAUUAGGAGCUCGAAAGACAGUACAGUGGAGAUUCCGGACGUGGAAAGUGACACAUUUAAAUGUUUUCUCCGAUAUCUGUACACGGACAAGUGUACUAUAACGGCUGACAACGUCACGGCUCUGAUGUACACAGCCAAUAAAUACAACGUAGGACGGCUGGUCAAUGAAUGCAGUCAGUUUAUGACGGACAACUUGUCCACAGCAAACGUAUGUACCAUAAUGGAGACUGCCCAUGUGUUUGACAAUCGGGACUUACGUCAGAGUUGUCUGGAGUUUAUAGAAAAACACAGUAAUGUAAUAGUGAAAGAAAAACUUCUCUCAGAUUUAGGCCAUGAAUGUCUCGGUGAUGUUCUCAGGUCGGACAAUCUCAAAGCCAGUGAAGAGGACAUCUUUACUGCUGUUCUGUCUUGGGCUGACCGUAGAUGUACCGAUAAGGAUAUAGAGGUGAACGAUUCCAAUAGGCGACACGUCCUGGGAGAUCUCCUGUACUUACUGAGGUUUCCACUGAUAAGUCAGGAGAAGUUUGUGUCAAUCUCCGAGAAGCAUGCUGAACUUUUUACAUCAGAAGAACAAAUCAUGUUAUUGAGAGGGUAUAUAACCAGUGACUUCUCAAAGACACGAUUUCAAUCUAAACAACGGGCGACGGUCGCAUGGAAGAUCGUCCACAUGCAGGACACAUGUUAUAGAUUCAAAGAUGACAAUAUAAACGGUUCAGGCUGGAUGUCUACUGAACCGGAUAUAUUACAGUUUAUGGUUUCUGAAGCAGUAGAUAUAGUAGGCCUUAUUCUCUUCGGAUGUGAAGGUGCCACAUACCACGUCCACAUAGAAAUUAUAGAGCUUUGUCAAAAGACUAACACGACAGUGAACUUAUUGCCAAAUGAAAAAACUUUCAAGGUGCUGUUCAAUAAACCUGUUACUGUGAAACCUUCUACAUACUAUACGCUAAAAGUAAGUCUAGGAAAUGGCAAAAAAGGAUACUCUGGUCGAAACGGUAUGGAAAGUGUUACAUGUAAAACCAUAGUAUUUACUUUUAAAACCGCUGCCUCAAAGAACAACUGUACCGCCGUUGAUAAAGGACAGGUAUUUGGCAUCAUUUUCGAGUAACAAUUGAUUUCCACGGAUCUACCACGUUGGCGACUUACCGAUACUUUGAUACUUUUCAUGGUAUACUAACCAUGUAAAAUUGGAUAAUACAUCACGGCGUUCAUGUUAAGUUUGAUCAAGAAACAUACAUGUGUGUCACUCUUCGUAACACCAUCGUCGUGGAUUGCAAACGUAUAUAGUGAUCCGUGUAUAAUUUGUCUUGGAACACUUACAGAUGUAGUUUUGGCGACUGAUAUACUUGUAAGUCCAUAUCUCAUACUCGAUAUUCCAUUGCUGUCUACACCCCUGAGAAAUGUCAUAAUGAAAUCGGAAGCUCAGUGUGUGCCAGGAUUAUUACGGCACGUCAGAUGUUGACGCACAUGAGUGUACCAUACCUUUGACGUCAUUUCGUUUCAGGUUUGGCGUUUGUGACAUACCGCUGGGUUUGUGAAACUCGUGUUUUCAAAGCUACUGGAAUGAAAAUAAUAAUAUAUAAAGCCCAUUUAUUUGACAUGCAUAUCCUCACGAUUUGAAUAUGACAAGUGAAUCCGAUUUUGACAAUGCUUUAGUUGCACGUGAAAGAAACGAUUUAGAAGUCAAAGAGAAGUGUGAUACAAUAACUCUACCCGUAUUAGUAUCAUUUGUAUAAAAAAACCAAUUGCUGUUUGUGUUCAAAACGAAGUUAGCAUUUACUAAACUUAAUUGUAAGACAUAAUAAAAAGAAGAAGUAUGGAAGCACAUGUUUUAAAAAAAAUACCAAAUUGAUGUACUUGAGAUUUAAAAAGAAUGCUAAUGUUUACCUAAAACGUUUCAAAUUAUAUAUCGUAAAGCGACAUAAAGAGGAAAGGUGCCUUUACAAACUAUGAAUUCAGCUACAAGGUUGAGGACUGAACAGGAAUAUUUGGGCUGCGUUUUCCGAUUUGACAAACUCUAUGCCAAGGAUGAUGACAUCUUACGAGAAGGGCUAGAGGUGAAGGACUCCAACAAACGAUACAUCCUUGGAGAUUUUACUGAGUGAGGUUUCCAUUGAUACUGCGAUCACAGAAACAAGGGAGGUUAUUCUAUCUUCAAAUGAUCACAUGUCUGUGCUUCACGGGCAGGUAUAUGGCGACAUCUCUAAGAAGACAUUUUCAUCAAUAUCAACUGAAACUCACGAUUUAUGUAAUGUUCAAUUAUCUUUAAGUAAAAAUCUUGCAUCGUAAAAAAUAAUCUGUUUUCAUUCGAAACUGAACGAGGACAGUAUAUCAAGUAGAACAGAUAUUCAGUUUCCUGUUCAGUCUCGAACAACAAGAUACAACAGCAUUUCCCUGUGUUUUCUUCUACACCUCUCUCGUUUUUAUUCCUUUUUCAUUAUUCAGCUUUAUUCCUUCCUGAAUUUUUAGUUUUGUCUGUUUGUCUUCCUGUGAUAUGGUCGUCCUUUACCUGGUGUGGACGAAUGAGCAAGAUUGAGUUUGAUAUAAUUUGCAUAAUACUUGAAAUCACAGGUAAAACGACAUUAUUUUCCAAUUUUCAAUAAGAUAUUAUUAUCUGCCUUUUUGAAUUUAUUAAUAAAAUAUCGGUCAUAAUCGAAAAAAAGUUCAAACUUAAGAUAUUAUAGAUACUUUCGAAAUCUAAAUUUAAUUUGAGAAAGGAAGCUAGCAGAAAGAGAUAUAUUGUAGGCGGAUCACUUUACAAUGUGUAUAUAUAUAUAUAUAUAAACUUGAUGAAAAGUAGGUAGUUCGCGAGCUAGUUAUGUUACAUUAACUACGUGUUACCUGAUGCAAUAAAAUUUAUUACAUUGGAAAUUUAAAUCACGUCUUGUGGGCCUUGUACCUGGCUAGUGGGGUAACAC